UUGAUUGUUUUCCUGGAGGAGGAGAGGACGCUUGCUCAGUGUUCUUCAGUGUUUCUGGCUGCAGGAUGAAAACUCUUCUCGUGUUUUUCUGGAGAUUCUGAUGAAAACAUCGUUCACUUUUUUUCUUCUUCACACUCAGACUGUUUGAGUUUUGGUUUAAGGGAGCUCAAGUGUGACCAUGAGCCGAGCCGGGACCUGGUCACUGUUCUCCACCUAUCAGCUGCUUUUCUUGUUGACCAUCAUCUCGAAUGAACUUCCAUACUCUGCAGCAGGAGGCUAUACUUUGAGCCUCAAGUCCAACAACACACUGAGCAACCACACCACAUGUGGAGAAGCUACCAAGUGCAUUGAAGGUGUUAUCCUGCCAUUAUGGACUCCAGUAAACCCGCCCCUUACCGACCGCCUUGCCAGAGCCACCAUCUACUUUGUGGGGUUGGCGUACAUGUUCUUGGGUGUCUCCAUCAUCGCUGAUCGCUUCAUGGCAUCCAUUGAGGUCAUCACCUCCCAGGAGAGACAGAUCACCAUCAAGAAACCAAACGGUGAGAAGAUCACCACGACGGUGCGCAUCUGGAACGAGACUGUGUCCAACCUGACUCUGAUGGCAUUGGGUUCCUCCGCCCCAGAAAUCCUCCUGUCAGUCGUGGAAGUUUGCGGUCACGGCUUUAACGCCGGCGAGCUGGGCCCCAACACCAUCGUAGGAAGUGCUGCCUUCAACAUGUUUGUCAUCAUUGGCCUUUGUGUGUCUGUCAUUCCUGAAGGAGAGACCAGGAAGGUGAAGCACCUGAGGGUGUUCUUCGUCACAGCCACCUGGAGCGUCUUUGCGUACACCUGGCUUUACCUGAUCUUGGCCGUCUUUUCUCCAGGUGUUGUUCAGAUAUGGGAGGGGCUGCUCACUCUCUUCUUCUUCCCCAUUUGUGUAGGAUUCGCUUAUGUGGCUGACCGCAGACUUCUUUUUUACAAAUACAUGUACAAACGAUACAGAGCAGGCAAGCGUAAAGGAAUGAUCAUCGAAACUGAGGGAGAACCGGAGCUUCCCUCAAAGGUCGACAUUGAAAUGGAUGGGAAAAUGCUCAACUCCCAUAGAGAGGAGAUGGGGUUUGAUGUUAAGGAGCUGGAUGAGGAGGAUGCCCGCAGAGAGGUGGCCAGGAUCCUGAAGGAGCUCAAACAGAAACAUCCUGAGAAGGAGAUGGAGCAGUUGAUGGAACUUGCCAAUUACCAAGUUUUAACGCAGCAACAAAAGAGUCGGGCUUUCUACCGCUGUCAGGCAACCAGGAUCAUGACAGGAGCAGGCAACAUCCUGAAGAAACAUGCCGCUGACCAAGCCAAGAGAGCCACCCAGCACGAUAUCUGCACUGAGGUCUCUGUGAAUGACUUUUCCUCCAAGCUGUUCUUUGACCCUGGUACCUACCAAUGUCUGGAGAACUGCGGCAGUGUAGCGCUGAACGUGGUGCGCCGUGGUGGAGACCUAACGAGCACAGUCUCGGUGGAUUACCGAACUGAAGACGGUACGGCGAAUGCCGGCUCAGACUACCAGUUCACUGAAGGAACUAUUGUUUUCAAACCCGGCGAUACCGAAAAGGAAAUCCGCAUUGACAUUAUUGAUGAUGAUAUCUUUGAGGAAGACGAGCACUUCCUGGUUCACCUCAGCAAUGUGAAGAUCAUCUCAGAGGGUACUGGCUCAGACGAGUACGAGUCAAACCAUGUAAACGUCCUCGCAGGUUUAGGUCUGCCAUGCACAGCCACUGUCACCAUCUUUGAUGACGACCACGCGGGAAUCUUUACGUUCGAGGAGCCAGUGGUGACCGUGAGCGAGAGCAUCGGGGUGAUGGAGGUGAAGGUGAUCCGGACCUCCGGAGCUCGUGGUGUUGUGGUGGUGCCGUACAAAACCAUGGAGGGCACAGCCAAAGGAGGCGGUGAGGACUUUGAGGACACACAUGGAGUCCUGGAGUUUGAGAACGACGAGAUUUUAAAGGUUCUUCAGAUCAAUAUAAUUGACGAUGAAGAAUAUGAGAAAAACAAAAACUUCUUCUUGGAGCUGGCGGAGCCUCAGCUGCUGGAGAUGAGUGAGAGGAAAGCUGUGUUGCUUCAGGAAGUCGGUGGAUUCGUCAGAACAGGCAGAGACGUCUACAGGAAGGUCCAGGGACGAGACCACCCCGCCCCCUCCACCAUCAUCAACAUCACAGAGGAGGAUGGCGAGGACGUUUUGACCAAGAAGGAGGAGGAGGAGAGGCGGAUUGCCGAGAUGGGCAAGCCGACGCUGGGCGAACACGUCAAACUGGAGGUCGUCAUCGAGGAGUCGUACGAGUUCAAGAGCACCGUAGAUAAACUUCUUAAGAAGACCAACCUGGCUCUGGUGAUCGGGACAAACAGCUGGAGAGAACAAUUUGUGGAAGCUAUCACAGUCAGCUCUGGUGAUGAUGAUGACGAUGAUUGUGGCGAGGAAAAGCUGCCCUCCUGUUUCGACUACGUCAUGCACUUCCUCACGGUCUUCUGGAAGCUUCUGUUCGCCUUUGUUCCUCCCACCGACUACUGGAAUGGUUGGGCCUGCUUCGUCGUCUCUAUCUCUGUCAUCGGCCUCUUGACGGCGGUGAUCGGCGACCUGGCGUCACAUUUCGGCUGCACAGUUGGCCUCAAAGACUCCGUCACAGCUGUGGUGUUCGUAGCUUUAGGCACAUCUGUACCAGACACUUUUGCCAGUAAGGUGGCAGCCAUCCAGGACCAAUACGCUGACGCCUCCAUCGGCAACGUGACUGGAAGUAACGCUGUUAACGUCUUCCUGGGUAUCGGCGUGGCCUGGUCCAUCGCUGCUAUCUACCAUUACUCCAAAGGCCGGGAGUUCAGGGUUGACCCAGGCACGCUAGCCUUCUCCGUCACACUCUUCACCAUCUUUGCCUUCAUCUGCAUCGCCGUCCUCAUCUACCGCCGACGGCCUGAGAUUGGCGGGGAGCUUGGCGGACCCAGAGUCCCUAAGAUCCUCACCACCUGCCUGUUCUUCAGCCUGUGGUUAAUGUACAUUGUCUUCUCCUCACUGGAGGCCUACUGCCACAUAAAGGGCUUCUAAAAGUUCUGCUUUGGGUCCAGAAAGGUUCUUGAUGGCAGUUCUGGUGGUUAACAAAAUGUUCCAAUAGAUUCCUGCAUAUUCUGACGGGUUCUUAUAACUUCAGUUAUUUGUCUAAAGGUUUGGUAGAUGUUGGAAGCUUGUAACCAUUUGCUGACAGUUGAUUGAUUUCUUAAGGUUCUGGAGGACAUGUAAUCGUUCUGACAGGACUCUAACAGAUAAAAUACCUUUACAGUCCAGCAGAACAUUUUUUUAACAGGUUCAAAACAACUCUGAUUGGUUUCUAAAGAUCCUAAAAGUUCCUAAAGGAUCCAACAGUUUGUUGACGGUCCCAGUGCACUGCUAAAAGUUCCAAUGUUUCUGCAUAAGGGUUUGGAUAAUCUUUGAAGGAUUCUGCUGGGUUUUGAUGGGUUCUUAUCUUUUCUUUUAUUGAUCUCAAUGUUCAGACAAAUGUCUAAAGAUUGUUGCUGGUCCCUGACAGUUGAUGGAGUCCUGCAUGAUGUGCCAGGUUCUUAUAUUUUCAAAGGUUUGGAUUGACUUUUAAUGGUUCUGCUUGGUUCUGAGUGAAGUUCCUGAAAAUCGUUUGCCUUAUGUCUAAAGGUUGUUCUUUUAAAACACGUAGAUUGCUAUAUAUUGUGACUCUAUAAACCUCUAAGGAGGCCACUAGGUUCUGAAAGGUUCUUGAAUGAUCGAACUGGUUCCUAUAUUUUCUGACAGCUGACUGAAGGCUCUGAUAUAACCGUUCUAACAGUAUUCAUUCAUUGUGACUGAACAGUUCUUUCAGGUUCUGUCGGGUUCCAAACAUAUUUGAGGUACCUGACAGGUUCUCCGUGUUCUUGUUGGAUUUCUAAAGUUUACUGACUCAUCAGUUCUCUGGCUGUUAAAUGCUGGUGACCUCCAAGACUGGACUAUCUUCAUCCUUGCAUACCUCCUGAACUUUUAAAGACAUUUACAUAUUUCAUAAAUCCUCCUCCUCUACCUUUGAGCAAUCUUUACGAUAAACCAUUUCAAGUUUUUAGGACUUUGAACCACAUCCACAGUUGACGAGCAGCCGUGCUGACAAAGGAGGCAGUUCACGGUGGUUUGGACUGGAUCAGUAGUGAUGCACCUCAAUGAAUAUCUGCACUGAGUUUGAACAUAGUUAUUUUUGUGUGUACGAGGUUCCUGAGUCUGGUGUUGAAGCCAUUAAAGGUCCAUGAACUCUUAAAAACUCCAGUUCAUUUGUGUGUGUGUGUGUCACGAUAUGAUUGGCUGCAGCCGACGGAUGCCUAUUGGACGAUGUGAACAUGUGAGUUGUCUGCAGUGUCUCUCCUUCAGCGAGUGACAUAUUCUUUUCUUACCUUCAUGGAAAACGUCACAAGGUCAUGAAGAAACAUUCCUCAUUACCUUGUGGCGUUUUCCAUCAAGUUAGGAAACGUGGUUAGGAAAGGACUUAGGAGCAAACAUUGGACUAUUCGACUGUCCCCAGUGUUUCUUUGUAGUCAGUCUAACCCUGCGUCGGCCUGGAAACAUCUCUACAUGUAUGAACUGCUCUGCGAGCUGUGUCUGCUGCUCCUGUG